AUGAAUUAUUCUGCUUUGGCUAAGGAAGUUUUUGAAUUAUAGAAUAAAGUAAGAUAAGAUCCAUCUUUAAUGAUACCAGUUCUAGAAAAUAGACUUAAAUACUUUAAAGAUAAGAUCUUACACUUACCUGGAACUUAAGCUACUAAUACAAAAGAGGGUGCAAAUUCAGUCUAAGGUAAUGCAUGUAAUAUCUUUAUAUAGAAUGCAUUGAUUUUCUAAAAAAACAGAAACCUGUUGGACCAUUGACAUACGAUAAAGGGUUGGAAGAAGCAGCUAGGGAUCAUGCUGAAGAUUUAGGUAUUUACACAAAUUUGAAUAUAGGAACUAAUGGGAUGACUGGACAUGAAGGAAGUGAUCAUUCAACUACAAAAUAAAGAAUUGAAAGACAUGGUUCAUGGAAACCAGGAACAAUUGGAGAAAAUAUAAGUUUUGGAAAAUCCACUGCUGAAGAUAGUAAAUUAUAAGAUUUUAUAUAAUUAGUUGUUAUAUAAUUGAUAGUUGAUGAUGGUGUUCCUAGUAGAGGACACAGAUCUAAUUUCUUUGAACCUGCUUAUAAGUAAGUUGGUAUAUUUGGAGCACCCCAUAAGGCUUUUAAAUUUGUUUUUGUUUUUGAUUUUGCCUCAAAAUUUUCAUAAGGAGGCAAACAAGAAUAAGAUGGAGAUAAAGAGAAAGAGAAAAAAAAGAAAUCAGAGAAAUAAGUAGAUAAAUAAAAAGAUGAUGAUGAUGAUAAAGAUGAAGGAAAGGAGAAAAUGAUUCCAGGUGCAAAGAAAGUAUAAAAAAAGGUUAAAACAGUUGUGAAAGGUGGUAAAAAACAUAUUAUAACCACCAAAAUUUAUACUAUGAAUGAUGGUACAACUUAAGAAGUAGUUACUGAAAAGGUGGAAGAUGCAUGAUU